UUUCCACCCGGAACUAUUUUAAUUCGCCAAAACCGACUGGGUUUAAGAAGGCACGGUGAGACUAGACUUCCGGGGCGGCGAGCGGAAGUUCGGCCCCUGGAGCUGUGCGGAGAGCAUCCUGGGAGCGGAAGGGAGAGGACCUGUCUGCCGGGGAUCCCGUGUUCCGCGACACGUGUGACGGAGCGUGCGGGUGUUGGACUCCUCUGCCCGCUGGAAUUGUUGUUUCUGCGCGGCGGUCAGAAGUGGCGGAAAUCGCGGCGUCUCUGGGAAACACAAGACGGCGUAAGGGCCAUGGUGAGGAAAUCCCGGCAGCGUGGAGCGGUCCAGUGGGCAGCUGUGCGGGCCAAGGCAGGUCGCAGCGCCACGGACGAGAAUGAGGACGAUUUGGGGUCGCCGCCCUCUCCGGGGGACUCCAGCUACUACCAAGAUCAGGUAGAUGAGUUCCAUGAAGCCCGAUCUCAGGCGGCUUUGGCUAAGGGCUGGAACGAAAUCUACAGCGGGGAGGAGGAUGACGAUGAGGAGGAGGAGGUGCUAGCCUUAGAUGUGGACGAGGAGGACGAGGAAGAUGAAGAGAGUUCGGAGGAUGGCGAGGACGUUGAUGAUGACGAGGAUGGUGGGAGCUCUGUGCAGAGUGAGGCUGAGGCUUCUGUGGAUCCUAGCUUGUCCUGGGGUCAGAGGAAAAAGCUUUAUUAUGAUACAGACUAUGGCUCCAAAUCCCGAGGCCGUCAGAGUCAGCAAGAAGUAGAAGAGGAGGAAAGAGAGGAAGAGGAGGAGGCGCAGGUAAUUCAGCGGCGCCUGGCCCAAACCCUGCAAGAGGAUGAUUUUGGAGUCGCUUGGGUGGAGGCCUUUGCAAAACCGGUGCCCCAGGUGGAGGAAGCUGAGACUCGGGUCGUGAAGGAUUUGGCUAAAGUCUCUGUAAAAGAGAAGCUGAAAAUGUUGAGAAAAGAAUCACCAGAGCUCUUAGAGCUGAUAGAAGACCUCAAAGUCAAGUUGACGGAAGUGAAAGAUGAGCUGGAGCCACUGUUAAAGUUGGCGGACAAGGGAGUCAUUCCCCCUGGGAAAGGAAGCCAGUACCUGAGGACCAAGUAUAACCUCUACUUGAACUACUGCGCCAACAUCAGUUUUUAUUUGAUCUUAAAAGCCAGGAGAACCCCUGCACAUGGACAUCCUGUUAUAGAUAGGCUUGUCACCUACAGAAAUCUCAUCAAUCAGCUCUCGGUGGUGGAUCAGAGACUGUCUUCCGAAAUCCGUCACCUACUCACGGCCAAGGAUGGUGCUAUAAAGAAAGAACUGAAUCCAAAAGCAAAAUUACCCAAAACGAAGCCAAAGUCUGUCUCACAGACUCCUGCUGCUGUUGCCGAUCUGUCUGAUGAUGCUGAUUUUGAUGAAGCUGCACUAAGACACUCUAAGGAAAUGGAAGACGGGCAAAAGUUGAAAAGAAAGAAAGAAGAAAUUAGUGCUGAAGAACAGGUUCUCGAAGAUCAGAAUGCGAAGAGAGCUAUCACCUACCAGAUUGCUAAAAAUAGGGGACUUACGCCUAGGAGAAAGAAGAUUGAUAGGAACCCCAGAGUCAAGCAUAGGGAGAAGUUCAGAAGAGCCAAGAUUCGUAGGCGAGGCCAGGUUCGUGAGGUUCGUAGAGAAGAGCAGCGGUAUACUGGUGAACUCUCUGGCAUUCGUGCUGGAGUUAAAAAGAGCAUUAAGCUUAAGUAAAGUUAUCUCUGGCCUAGUUUUUGGCAGCAAUUUUAGAUCAAUAAAAGUAUUUUGAA